UGAAAAUAUCAGGUUCCUUGAUCAUAAGUUAUUGACAAUUCCACAACCAUGACAGCAGAGCAUUAAACGCAGCGCGGGCCCGUGAGAGUGCAGCCCAUGAGCCUGCCCCUGUGCUUCCAGGACUGUGGUCCCGAUAAGGUGCUGGGACCCUCCAUUACGAAGGCCGCCUGUAUGGUAUCGUUUCUUGGUUUCCAUUGUCGGUGCCCUUUGCCCUCCCCAGUGCUUCUGGAUGGAUCUUCGUCACCAUCCUGGGAUUGCUCGCCAUCCUCAAGCUUGAAAACGCACUUGAAACCAUUUGGGUGGGUCGGGGGCGGCUCUUUCAGUGGUGAGUUGGAGUGACUGAAGGCUGCGGCUGUCCUUUUCCCAGGCUGGCAGAAUGAAGGAGAAGUGAUGCUGAUUGUAUGAAAGCAACGCCUUCAGCCAACUCCUGUCUUCCUGGGAAGGCCCCUGGGAGAAACAGCUGAAGAAGUUGAAGCCGAAGAGUUCGAAUGUCUUGCCGAGACCAUUCUGCUGUGAAAAAAAAAUGCAAGCAGCCUGAAGAGAACUUCCACAGAUCUCUGCAUCCUUCACAGAGAAGUUUUUUUUCUGAUUUUGUUUUUCUUGCAACACCUGGGGUGAGGAUAAACCUCUGCAUCGGCCAAGCAGAAGAAACAGGAUCUGUGACCGAAGUGGAUCAGUCAGGAGGGGCUCCUCGCAGAGUAAAGGGAAGCACUUUUCACCCUGUUUUAGAGUGAGAAGUUGAUUCAUGAUUUACAAGACAUGGGCUGUGGCACGUCAUCUUCAAUGAAAGACAAGAAAUCUGAGAAAGCGCUAAAAGCCGCAUUGGUCAUCCAGAACUGGUACCGAGGUCAUAGUGCUCAGCUGAAGACCAGACAACGCUAUGCCCUCACCAUCUUCCAGUCCAUCGAAUAUGCUGAUGAACAAGGCCAAUUGGAGCUAUCGAACUUCUUCUCCUUCAUGUUGGAAAACUAUACACGUCUACUUGAGGAAGAUCCAGAAUUAGUAACUCACCUUUUUGACAGCAACAUCCAGGACAAGGAUAGACAGGACUAUUGGGUGUUGAUAGACGUCCCAGACUCCUACUGUGGUCCUCGACUGCAAUUUCCUCUCACUUUUACUGAUAUUGAUUUACUGAUUGAGGCCUUCAAGCAACAACAGAUACUUCAUGCUUAUUAUGUCUUAGAGGUGCUAUUUGAAACCAAGAAGCUCCUGCAGCAAAUGCCGAAUUUCACUCACAUAAAAACUUCUCCCUCCAAAGAGAUAACAAUCUGUGGUGAUUUGCAUGGGAAACUGGAUGAUCUUUUUUUGAUCUACUAUAAGAAUGGUCUCCCCUCAGUGAGCAACCCAUAUGUUUUUAAUGGUGAUUUUGUGGAUCGAGGAAAAAAUUCCAUGGAGAUCCUAAUGAUCCUGUUUGUGAGUUUUCUGGUCUACCCCAAUGACCUGCACCUGAACAGAGGCAACCAUGAAGAUUUUAUGAUGAAUAUGAGGUAUGGCUUCACAAACGAAGUUUUGCAUAAAUAUAAGCUACAUGGGAAAAAGAUCUUACAAGUCUUGGAAGACAUCUAUACCUGGCUCCCAAUUGGUACAAUCAUUGACAAUGAAAUCCUGGUCAUACACGGAGGGAUAUCAGAGUCCACAGACUUGAAUUUACUCCACCGUAUAGAAAGAAACAAAUUGAAAUCUGUGCUGAUGCCACCAAUUCCAAUAGAUGGAGACCAUGCUACUGAGAAGGGAAAUAAAGUAGGUACAACCAUUACAGCUCGGGGAAUCAGAACAAAUGGAUCCCUUUCUGAACAAUUAACAAAGCAUGAAUGGGAACAGGUUAUCGACAUUCUGUGGAGUGAUCCGAGAGGCAAAAGAGGCUGUUACCCAAAUACAGGACGAGGAGGGGGCUGCUAUUUUGGACCAGACAUUACCUCCAAAAUUCUCAAUAAAUACCAGUUGAAGAUGCUCAUUAGGUCUCAUGAAUGUAAGCCGGAAGGGUAUGAAAUUUGCCAUGAUGGGAAGGUUAUUACUGUAUUUUCUGCAUCUAAUUAUUAUGAAGAAGGUAGCAAUCGAGGAGCUUACAUCAGAGUGAGUUCUGGUACGCCCCCCCGAUUUUUCCAGUACCAAGUAACUAGGGCAACAUGCUUGAGGCCUCUUUACCAAAGGAUGAAUGCUGUUGAAAGUAGAGCCAUCAGGAUGUUAAAAGAGAGAAUGAUUUCACAAAAAAGUGACCUCAUUCGUGUUUUCCAACUUCAAGACAGCAGUAAAUCAGGAAAACUUUCUGUGGGCCAGUGGGCUUUUUCCAUGGAGAACGUUUUGGGGCUGAACUUGCCAUGGAGAUCCCUGAGUUCACAUCUGGUAACCACAGACAAAGAUGGAAAUAUUGACUACAUGUCCAGCUUCCAGGAUAUCCACAUUCAGAAACCUGUGAAAGAGGUUCAGUCUACUCUGAUUGAAACAGUGUACAGAUACCGAUCUGACCUGCAAAUCAUCUUUAAUGUCAUUGACUCUAAUCACUCAGGCCUGAUCUCCAUGGAAGAAUUUCGUAGCAUAUGGAAACUUUUCAAAAGUCACUACCGUGUCUGUGUUGAUGAUUCCCAGUUAGAUGAGCUCACCGAAAGGAUGGACUUAAACAAAGAUGGAAGCAUUGAUUUUAAUGAGUUUUUAAAGGCUUUCUAUGUAGUGCAUAAAUUUGACAAGUGGGCCACAGUGGAGAUUCCUGAGAGUUGGAAGGCAAAGAGAAGCGGCAACCAUUGUGUAGCUCCCACACGCUCUUGCUGAGCUGCCGAUUCACCUUGUGGGUGUGAAGCAGCAGCUAGGCCUGCAAUUGCUCUACAGUCCCCUGGCUCCCCUGUUAGCUGCUCCGAUUCCCGGGACCACUGGGUGUGUUUAGCUCCGUGAUGGCCGCCCGGGCCAGGUCGCCAAGGCCUCAGGCUUUAGUCCGUUCUUGUGGGGUGCCAGCUUGUGCCUGUGGGUUUGAGCCUGCUCCGGAUCUUCCCUGACUGCCUGCCCUGUGGACUUCGAGCUCCGGAAUCAGGCGGUCACAAAGCACCAAAGCACCGAGCUGAUCUCCCGGGAAGCAGGGGGCUUGCAAGACACUAUUGCUUGUCUUUUAUUCGUAUAGGUCUUUCAUUUCUAGACAUUUUAAAAAAUGAAGGGGCUUCCCUGGUAGUGCAGUGGUUAAGAAUCCACCUGCCAAUGCAGGGGACAGGAAUUCGAGCCUUGGUCCAGGAAGAUCCCACAUGCUGUAGAGCAACUAAGCCCACGUGCCACAACUACUGAGCCUGUGCUCUACAGCCUGUGAGCCACAACUACUGAGCCUGCGUGCUGCAGCUACUGAAGCCCGCGUGCCUAGAGCCCGUGCUCCGCAACAAGAGAAGCCACUGCAGUGAGGAGCCCGCGCACCGCAAGGAAGAGCAGCCCCUGCUCGCCACAACUAGAAAAAAGCCAGUGCGCAGCAACGAAGAGCUAAUGCAGCCAAAAAUAAAUAAAUAAAUAAUUUUAAAUAAAACAAUGAAGAUAUUUAAGGCAAUAAAUUUUCCU